AUGCCGCCCGGCGCGCCAGCAGUGUCCAAAUGUCCGCUCCGGACCAUCAAGGAGAUCCAGUUCGGGCUGCUCUCCCCCGAGGAGAUCAAGGCUAUGAGCGUCGUCCACAUCAUCUACCCAGAGACAAUGGACGAGCAAAAGCAGAAGCCGCGCGAGCAGGGCCUCAACGACCCCAAGCUCGGCACUAUCGACCGCAUGUACUCGUGCGCCACGUGCAAGGAGGAUAUCCAGGUCUGCCCUGGUCAUUUUGGCCACAUUGAGCUCGCCACGCCUGUCUUCCACGUCGGUUUCGUCGUGAAGAUCAAGAAGAUCCUCGAGACGGUGUGCCACAAUUGUGGCCUGAUCUUGGCUGACUACGUAAGUCUUCCUAACCAUCCAGACUGGGCUUCAGCCACGAAGACCAAGGAUGCGAAGAAGCGUUUUGAUAAAAUAUGGCGCAUGUCUAGGACACGGACCCUCUGCGAGCAGGAUUCAGCCGAGGAUGACCCUAAGAAGGCGCCCAAGAUUGCACACGGCGGCUGCGGCAGCAACCAGCCCGAUACCAUUCGUAAGGAGGGCCUCAAGCUGACAGCGACCUUCAAGACCAAGAAGAAGGAGGAUGACGAUGGCCAGGGCGACCGCAAAGAGGUCCUUACCCCGCAGGUUGCCCUCAACAUCUUCAAACUCCUCUCCAACAACACCCUCCAACUUCUGGGUCUGAACGCCGACUACGCCCGCCCCGAGUGGAUGAUUCUCACUGUCCUGCCCGUACCGCCGCCUCCGGUGCGCCCCAGUAUCUCUGUUGAUGGUACAGGUCAGGGUAUGCGAGGAGAGGACGAUUUGACCUACAAGCUGGGCGAUAUCAUUCGAGCCAACGGUCGUGUACAAGAGUGUAUACAGGAAGGAUCGCCUCAGCACAUUCUGACCGAGUUCGAAGCGCUGGUCCAAUACCAUGUUGCCACUUACAUGGACAAUGAUGCCAAUGGUGUUCCCCAGGCUAUGCAGAAAUCUGGCCGUCCUCUAAAGACCAUCCGUGGCCGAUUAAAGGGCAAGGAGGGUCGUCUGCGUGGUAACUUGAUGGGCAAGCGUGUCGACUUUUCCGCUCGUACUGUCAUCACCGGUGACCCCAAUCUGUCUCUCGACCAGGUCGGUGUGCCGCGCUCCAUUGCACGCACUCUCACAUACCCGGAAGUCGUCACAAAGUUCAACAUCAGCAAACUUACGGCCCUUGUCCGCAACGGCCCGAACCAGCAUCCGGGUGCCAACUACGUGAUCAAGGCGGAUGGUGUACGUCUCGAUCUAAAGCACAAUAAGAAUCUCGACGAUCUGCGAUUACAGUACGGCUGGAAGGUCGAGCGCCACAUCGAUGACGAUGAUGUUAUCAUCUUCAACCGUCAGCCGUCUCUGCACAAGGAGUCUAUGAUGGGCCAUCGUGUCAAGGUCAUGCCUUAUUCGACUUUCCGUCUCAACUUGUCCGUCACAUCUCCUUACAAUGCCGACUUCGACGGUGACGAGAUGAAUUUGCACGUCCCCCAGAGCGACGAAACUCGAGCUGAGAUCCAGAAUCUGUGUAUGGUUCCCAAGCAGAUCGUGUCGCCACAAAAGAAUCAGCCUCUGAUGGGUAUCGUGCAGGAUACCCUGCUUGGUAUCUACAAGAUGAGUCGUCGCGACAAUUUUCUUCCCAUUGAACAGGUCAUGAACAUUAUGAUGUGGGUGCCAGACUGGGAUGGUAUCGUUCCAGAACCUGCCAUCCUCAAGCCCCAUGCUCUCUGGAGCGGCAAACAAAUCAUUAGCAUGGCCAUUGCGAAAGAAGUCAACAUCUUCAGGCCCGACGAAGAUGCGGAGCCUUCAGCAUGGAAUGACCUGGUCGAUAAGAGCCUGUGUAUCAUGGGCGGCGAACUCAUAUUUGGUUCCGUCACUAAGAAGAUCGUUGGUGCUUCAGCUGGGGGUGUCAUCCACAUCAUUUUCAACGAGAUCAGUUCGUCGGCCGCUGUUCAGUUCUUCAACGCCUGUCAGCGCAUUAUUAAUUGGUGGCUACUGCAUCAUGGCUUCAGUCUGGGUAUCGGCGAUACGGUCCCGGAUCCGCAGACCUCGGAUAAGAUUGCCGAAGAAGUCGCCAAAGCAAAAGCCAAGGUUGAAGCGAUCAUUGGUGAAGCCACCGAGGAUGUCCUUGAGCCUCUACCCGGUAUGACCAUUCGAGGCACAUUUGAGUCGAAGGUUCAAAAGUUCCUGAAUGAAGGUCGUGAGGGUGGAGGUACCGCAGCUCAGAACAGUCUAAAGGACUUCAACAACGUCGUCCAGACCGUCAUCUCUGGAUCCAAAGGUUCCACUGUCAAUAUCUCUCAGAUGGUGUCUCUUGUCGGUCAACAAGCCGUCGAAGGCCAACGUAUUCCUUUUGGAUUCAAGUACAGGACGCUACCUCACUUUACCAAGGAUGAUUACUCGCCUGAGUCACGAGGCUUCGUCGAGAAUUCUUAUCUUCGUGGUCUUACCCCGUCUGAGUUCUUCUUUCACGCCAUGGCUGGUCGUGAAGGUCUCAUCGAUACCGCAGUAAAGACCGCCGAGACUGGGUACAUCCAACGUCGUUUGGUCAAGGCGCUUGAAGACGUCAUGGUCAAAUACGAUGGAACUGUGCGAAACUCCAUGGGUGACAUCAUCGAGUUUAUCUACGGUGAAGAUGGCCUAGAUGGCGGUCAUAUCGAGAAGCAGAAGGUGGACAUCAUCACAUCCUCGGAGCCAAAAUUCGAGGCGACGUACAAGUUGGAUGUUCUGACCACUGACAAACCCGAGAUUCCCGUCACCAAGCUGCAGGGCGCUUCAGAGUUCCAAGGUGAUGUUGAUAUUCAGCGCUAUCUGGACGAAGAGUUUGAGCAGAUCAAGAGCGAUCGUGAGUAUCUGCGCACGAUCAUUGGCCAAGACGAUAGCCAGCAAUUUCAGCUGCCUCUCAACAUUCAGCGCAUGAUUGAGUCAGCACAGGCGAGAUUUAAAAUCAAGCCCCAGAAAGAUGCGAGCAAUUUGCACCCCAUUGAGGUGAUCACCAAAGUUCGAGACCUUUUGGAUCGACUCGUCGUUAUCCGUGGCGACGAUGCUCUGUCGAAAGAAGCCCAAGCUAGCGCAACUUAUCUCUUCAAGUGCCACCUGCGGUCGCGUCUUGCCUUCAAACCUUUGGCCGUAACACAUCGUUUGAAUAAAGAGGCACUAGACUAUGUGUUGGGCGAAUUGGAGGAUCGUUUCCUCAAGGCUGCCGUAGCUCCGGGUGAGAUGGUCGGUGUGCUUGCAGCUCAGUCCAUUGGUGAGCCUGCGACGCAGAUGACACUGAACACCUUCCAUUUUGCUGGUGUCUCAUCCAAGAAUGUCACGCUCGGUGUACCUCGUUUGAAGGAGAUCCUGAACAUCGCAGCCAACAUCAAGACCCCGUCUAUGCUUGUCCGUCAACUGGACGCCAAAGGUGGACAGAACGAAGCGAAGCUCCUCCGAAGUCGCAUUGAGCUAACCACGCUCCGUUCUUUGACGCAAGCUGUCGAGCUCUACUACGAUCCGGAUAUUCAGUCUACCAUCGUCGAGGAUGAUCAGGACAUGGUUGAGUCCUACUUCAUUCUCCCAGAAGAAGACGAGGUUAUCGAAUCGCAGUCCAAAUGGCUACUUCGUAUCAUUCUUGAUCGUAAGAAGCUGCUAGACAAGACUAUCACCAUUGGCGAGGUCGCCCGUAAGAUCAAGGCGGAAUUCUCGCCUAACCUUGCUGUCAUCUUCAGUGACGAGAAUGCGGAUGAACAGGUCAUGCGCGUCCGCUUUAUCUGGGACCAGAACCUUAAGGAGGAUGACGAGGAUGAAAACGAGCGAGAUGAGCGCUGGAUGCGAAAGCUUGAGAAUCAUCUUCUCGACGACGUUACCUUGCGUGGUGUCCGUGGUGUGGAGCGUGCCUUCAUCCGAGAGGAUAAUGUUGUGGUGGAGAACGACGACAGGUCUCUUAUCCUCUCCAAGUCUGAUCCUCGUUGCAAGGAGUGGGUACUCGAUACCACUGGUACUGCCCUGGCUGAAGUCCUUGCCAUCGAAGGUGUGGAUUCAACCAAGACAUACUCCAACUCAUUUAUCGAAAUCCUUGGUGUCCUAGGUAUCGAGGCUGCUCGUGCUGGCCUGCUUAAGGAGUUGGGCAUGGUGUUGUCUUUCGAUGGUUCUUACGUCAAUCACCGUCACAUGGCGUUGCUCGUCGACAUCAUGACACAGCGCGGUCUCCUCAUGGCUAUCACCCGCCACGGUAUCAACCGUAACGACACAGGAGCACUGAUGCGCUGUUCCUUUGAAGAGACGGUGGAGAUUCUUCUCGAGGCUGCCGGCUUCGGUGAGCUUGAUGACUGCCGCGGUGUGUCCGAGAACAUUAUGCUUGGCCAACUUGCACCUAUGGGUACGGGAGAGUUUGACGUGGUCAUGGAUAAUGCCAUGCUUCUCACCAUGGUCGAGGACAAUUCCAAGAUGAUGGGUGGUGCCGCUGCUGCUGGCAGUUAUCUCGAUAACGGCGCAGCUACUCCCUACGAUCUGGGUUCGCCUACUUAUGAAGGAGGCAUGGGCAUGGGCACUUACGAUGCCUCUGCAUCCUUCUCUCCCCUCGUCCAUACGGGUGGUGGGGAUGAAGGGGGCUUUACUGUCAUUGGUGGUUAUGGUGAAGGCGGUGGUGGUUUCAGCCCCUUCCCCGGAGGCCGAAGCCCAGGCUUCCCAGGCAUGUCUCCUGGAUACCCAGGCACCAGCCCUGUCUCUCCAGGCUUCUCUCCAUCUUCGCCUGCUUAUUCGCCACAUUCGCCGGGCAUCAGCAGCCCACGCUUUGCUGCCACAUCGCCGGGCUAUAUGGCGUCGCCUACAUCGCCUCAUUACUCCCCGACUUCGCCACGCUACGGUUCUCCCACAUCUCCGUCGUACUCGCCAACCUCCCCCGCUGGUUACUCUCCGACGUCUCCACAGUAUUCCCCCUCGUCGCCAAACUACAGCCCUACCUCACCCUCGUUUAUGGGUGCUACGUCGCCGGCGUAUAGCCCGACGUCGCCACAGUACAGCCCUACCUCACCGCAGUACAGCCCCACAAGCCCGCAGUAUCAGGCAGGUACCGAUAGACGAUCUCCCACUUCUCCGACGUCGCCGCAAUACAGCCCUACAAGCCCGCGAUAUAGCCCGACUAGCCCAGCUGGUAGCUUUUCUCCAACCUCGCCGCGGUACUCUCCAACCUCGCCAGGCCCGGCGAAUAGUUAUUCGCCUACGUAA